AUGAAUGUAGUAAAAGAAGAAUCUAUAAGUAUAGUAGAAAAACAACAGGAAAGUUCAUUAAAUGAUUUAUCGGCUACGUUAAUUCCAACAACUACUCCGUUUUCCUCGAAUACAAAAACAACAGUGAAGACGUCGACAUCGAAUCCUAAUAAUAAAGAUACCAUUGAAACUGAACAUGAUGAUGUUUUAAUUCGAGUAGGAGAACAACCUGAUUUAAAAAAGUUUCGAGCAAAUUCAAAAUUAUUAAGUAAUAAAUGUAGUUAUUUUCGUACAGCAUUAUCGAGCAAUUGGGCAAGAAAAGAGGAUGAUGUAUUUAUAUUUGAGAAACCAAACAUUAAGCCAAAGGUUUUUGGAGUUAUCUUGAGUUAUAUUUAUAAAGGGACAGUUGAUUGGAAAAUAUUAGAAGGAGAAGAUUUUCUUGGAGUAUGGUUAGCAGCAGAUGAAUUUAUGUUGGAUGAUUUAGAGAGACAAGUUCGAGAAUUAUUUGAAAAGAAAUCAGAAAUGUUAAAGAAGAAUUUUAUGACAAUUGUGAGAUUAGUAUAUCAAAAUGAAACAUUGGAAAGAUUUCGACCAAAUUGUGUAGAUAUUAUUAAUACGACAACAUGGUUUCAGGAUAGUUCUAACUUUGGUACGUUAGAAGAAUCAAUUUUUCAAAGUUUAUUAUCUGAGGAAGAAAACUAUGUUCAUGAUGGAAUUAUGUGGAAUUUAUUGAUUUUAUGGGCGAGUUCAUCAAAAAAGCCAAUAUUAAAUUCAAGUAACGUGAUGGAAUGGACGGAUGAAACAUUUGAAUUACUUAAGAGUAGGAUGGAUCAUUUUGUACAUUUUAUAAGAUUUUCAUUAAUUUCACGUAAUGAUUAUUAUGAUUAUGUUUUACCUUAUAAACGUAUUUUACCAGCAGAUACAACAACCAAUGCGGCAUUACAAUAUUAUCUUUAUUGUUUGGAUGAGGGAGGAAAUCCAAAGCUUGAUGUUUUACGUCCACAUGUUAUAUUGAAUGAUUCAAAAAUUGUCAAUCAUACUCAUGUUGCUAUGAUUGGAAGGUGGAUUGACAUUGGAAGAGAGAAAGAAAUUUAUAUACCUGAUUCUUCUUCGACGAACAAUAAUGGAUAUCAUGCUAUAAGUACUGAUGAAAAUUCAAGUUUAAACGAAGAACAAGAAAAUUCUUCUUCCAACGCGACGAUAGCAUCGUCGACUGAAGCGACAAAGAAUUCAAAUUCACGUAAUGAAGAAAAAGGAUCAACGAAACUUUCAUGGAAACAACCUUCUUCAUUGAGAAAAUUGUGGACUUUACGUAAAGGAAGGAGACCUGUUUACCAUCCCGAUUCUUCGACUCCUUCAACGACUACAACAGUCAAGAAAGGAAAUAGUAACGAUAAAAUACAAAUACCUUCAAGUUCAACACAUGUUGAUGCAAAAAUUCAUUCGUCAUCGAAUAGAACCUCGGAAGCUUUUAUAUUUUCAUUUGGUGAAGGAGAUAAUCCUGAAGAUGAUGCCAUAUUGAGUAGAGUAUUAAAAGAAUAUUCGCAUAAAGCUAUUUGUAGAACUAUUUAUGGACCUGGGUUUGGUGAAAAUGAUUUAGGUAUUAGCUUAUCUGGCAAUAGUCAUCCUAAAAUAGGCGUUUGUAAUAAAAAAUUUUAUGAAAAAAAAAUUAUCGAACAAAAUACUUUUACUUUUGAUGAGAUUGAAGUAUUUAAAGUUACUAGAGGAGCCAUCUAA